AGGGAGAAGUCGUGCUGGCAUUAGAAAUAGGAGACGCUACGAUGAGUGAGGAAAUAGUUAAUCCCAACGAGCACCUGAUCAUUCCCGAUUGGAUCAAUGAGAAGUACUUCACUGGAGUGCUGGCCAAAGACGAACCGAAUCAUGUUAAGAUAUUAAAGUUUACCAAAGUGGCGGCGAUUCCACCGGGGGAGAACUUUACCUCGACUAUGAUAAGGGUUUACAUCAAGUUGGAAAUGAAAGAUGGCAGUGUCAAAACUAAAACAUACAUCUUCAAGACUAUGCUUCCCGACGAGCGUGGCGGCAGUGCCAUCAACGACUUUGGUCUGUUCCCCAAGGAGGCCAAGAUGUAUGACACCUAUCUUCCUGCCUUCGAGGCUUUGUACAGGGCUGCCGGAUGGAAGAUACAGCUGGCACCGCAGUGUCUCCACACGGAGGAGCGCGAGGGCAAUAUUCACUUCAUUUUCGAGGAUCUGUGCGUCAAGAGAUUCAAGAAUAUUGAUCGCACCAAGGGCCUGGACUUGGAGCAUAUGACGCGGGCUCUGCACAAGUUGGCCGAAUACCAUGCCGCCAGUGCGGUCUAUGAGGAGCAGAACGGACCCUAUCCCAGUGAAUUCCUUGAGGGUUUCGUCACCCUUAAGGCAUCCAAGUUCCACAUGGAUGCAUUUAAAUUAAAAGAAUCGGCCUUUAAGAAGGCCAUGAUGACAUGGGGCAUGACGGAUGCGGAGAAAUAUGUCAAGGAAUUCCCCACUGCGGAUCAGUAUUGGGCUCAAUCGUUGAGUUGCUUGGAUGUGCUUCCAAAUGACUUUAAUGUCCUGAAUCAUGGUGACUUCUGGUCCAGUAAUCUGAUGAGCAAUUAUCUGCCAAAUGGCAAGAUUGAUGAGCUAAUCCUCGUGGACUUCCAGAUCAUCAAAUGGGGCAAUCCUGCACAGGAUCUUCUAUUUUUUAUUAUACUCUCGGCGGCCACAGAUAUUCGUAUAAAGGAGUUCGAAAACUUUGUAAGAAUUUACUGGGAUCGUCUGGUCGAGUGCCUAAAGGUUUUGAAGUUCAAGAAACCCAUUCCCACACUCAGAGACAUUCAGAGGUCUAUGUAUGCAAAGGAGAAUUCAUUUUACGCGUUCUUUAGUUUGAUGAACCACUUGCCAAUCAUAUUGUUCCCAACCGACAAGGAUAGCAAUCUUCACAAUCUGUCAGCAGAAACCGAAGAGGGCGAAAGACUGCGGUUGCGUCUUGUAUCGAAUCCUGUCUUUGGCAGUGUGAUGAAGGAUCUAUAUCCCUUUCUGUACAAUCGCGGUUUGCUCAACUAUGGUGAUUACGAUGUCUGAUUACUUUAUGGAAACUAUUUUGCUGGCAAAUAAAAUAUAGAUAGUAGGAAUCUAUACUAUAUUUA